AUGCAACCAUGGCAGCGCCCGGCUCGAGGUCUUUGCCUUCGUUGCGCUCUGCGCGCGCCAACUACUCCAACAGGACGGAGCUUCAGCGGAUCGGUACAGCAUAACAGGGCCAGGAUCACGGCGUUAAAUAGGCCGCUUGAGCAGCUUAGUUUUGACUGGGUAAGCGGUAGGAAAGGUAAAAAUGAUCAAAAGGAGGGCAGAGACUUCAAGCCCUGGAAGGCUCAAGGCCCAAGAACCAAGAUAAGAAAGGUCGGUCGCGUUUCUUUCGAUGAACGGUUCCAGUCCGCAUUACUGGAGUCUUCGGACAUCGUCAGGAAGGAGCUUGAACAAACAAAGCUAGAACUCGCCCAUUGGGAUAAAUUUUUCGCGUCAAUCGUUCAUGCUUGCAAGAGCUCUCUUAUUGAUGACGGUGAUGAAGCCCAUUUCGGACAGAGAUUUACGUUAAGGCGGACGUUCGGGAAGAUGGGGCGCGAAGGAAUUGUCGAUUAUCUGAGAAGGCAAUACCGGAAUCACAAACUUGACACUGCAUUCUCCUCUACUGCCACUAAGUCAGACUCGCUAGCGGAUUUCAGGUAUCCAGCCGAGUGGUACCCGGUUGCCCGGAGCAUGCAGCGGAAGAUUCACUUACAUGUAGGACCUACCAAUUCGGGGAAGACGUACCAUGCUUUGCAACGAUUAGAAAAAGCAAAAAGCGGCUUCUACGGUGGUCCACUACGCCUAUUAGCGCAUGAAAUCUACAGUCGACUCAAUAAGAAGGGGAUUUCGUGUGCUCUUAUCACAGGUGAUGAGGUCAGAGUACCAGAAAACGGUCCCGUUAAAGUUUAUAGUAACACGGUUGAAAUGGUACCCAUUGGCCAGGAGGUAGAGGUUGGGGUGAUUGAUGAAAUUCAGAUGAUAGCCGAUCCGCAUCGAGGAUGGGCCUGGACAAGAGCUGUCCUGGGGUGCCAAGCCCAGGAACUACAUCUUUGCGGUGAAGAGAGGGCUGUCCCCCUUAUUCAGCGCCUUGUCUCACUAAUGGGCGAUACCCUGGAGAUCCAUAACUAUAAACGACUGAAUCCCCUGAAGACAAUGGCAUCAAGUCUAAAGGGUGAUAUCAGACGGUUAGAAAAGGGGGAUUGCAUUGUUGCCUUCUCUCGGGUUGGGAUUCAUUCCUUGAAGCAGGAAAUUGAAAAAGUUACGGGCCGGAGAGCGGCAAUUGUCUAUGGGAGCUUGCCGGCAGAGAUUCGCGCUCAACAAGCUGAUUUAUUUAAUGACCCUAAUAACGAUUACGACUUCCUUGUUGCGAGUGACGCUAUUGGCAUGGGUUUGAACCUGUGA